CUCGGGCCCGGGAGCAGGAUCCGGGCCCCUUCCUGGGGGAGUUUCCUGCCUCGUCCGCCCUCCCCGCUCUCCCCGCCCCCUCUCCGGGCCGCUCCUUGUAUGGUCUGGGCUCCGCGCUCUCCCCGCCUCCUCUCUCCCUCCCUUUUCUCUGCGUCCCUCCCCGCCCGGCUGGAGGCUGCUCCUGACCGGUACGCGCAGUCCGCGGACGCGGCCCUGAGUAGACGCGGCGCGCGCGCUCCGGCGGCCGCGCGCCCAGCCAUGGCGGCCCCCCGCCCGCCCCCCGCGAUCUCCGUCUCUGUCUCGGCUCCGGCUUUCUACGCCCCGCAGAAGAAGUUCGGCCCGGUGGUGGCCCCGAAGCCCAAAGUGAAUCCUUUCCGGCUUGGGGACAGCGAGUCUCCCGCGGCAGCCGGGGCCCAGCGCGCACAGAUGGGCCGGGUGGGCGAGAUUCCCCCGCCGCCCCCGGAAGACUUUCCCCUGCCCCCGCCCCCGGUGCUCGGGGAUAGCGACGACGCUGAGGGUGCCCUGGGGGGUGCCUUCCCACCCCCGCCACCCCCCAUCGAGGAGCCGUUUCCUCCUGCGCCCCUGGAGGAGGACAUCUUCCCCUCCCCGCCACCCCCGCUGGAGGAGGAGGGAGGACCUGAGGCCCCCACCCAAUUCCCACCACAGCCCAGGGAGAAGGUGAGCAGCAUUGACUUGGAGAUCGACUCUCUGUCCUCUCUGCUGGAUGAUAUGACCAAGAAUGACCCCUUCAUAGCCCGGGUGUCUUCCGGAUAUGUGCCCCCACCCGUUGUUGUUCCCAAGCCCAGUCCUAAGCCUGCAGCUGGGGGCACAGCACCCCUGCCACCUUGGAAAGCGCCUUCUACAGCCCAGUCUGCACCCCAGACUCCGCCACAGAGCCAGACGCUGUUCCAAGUCCAAUCCCAGCCCAAGCCCCAGGUCCAGUUCCAUGUCCAGCCCCAGGCCAAGCCCCAGGCCCCGCCUGUGCCUUCCGCUAACACCCAGCCCCGGGGUCCUCCAGCAGUGGCUCCCACUCCAGCCCCUAAGUUCUCUCCAGUGGCAUCCAAGUUCACUCCUGUGGCUUCCAAGUUCAGCCCCGGAGCCCCAGGUGGACCUGGAUCACCGCCCACUCAAAAACUGGGGUCUCCUGAAGCUCCUGCCAGUGGUACGAGCUGCCCUCAGCCUCCCGGCUUUACCUAUGUGCAGCAGAGGGAGAAGCCCCAAGUUCAGGAGAAGCAGCACCCAGCGCCCCAUCUGACCCAAAACCAAAGCCAGGUGCGCUCUCCAGGGGCUCCGGGACCUCUGACCCUGAAGGAAGUAGAGCAGCUGGAGGAGCUGACUCAGAAGCUGAUGCAGGACAUGGAGCAUCCUCAGAGGCAGAACGUGGCUGAGAACGUGGCCGUGAAGGAGUCCUGCGGCCGGUGCCAUCAGCCUCUGGCACGCUCACAGCCUGCGGUCCGAGCCCUGGGGCAGCUGUUCCACAUCACCUGUUUCACCUGCCACCAGUGUGAGCAGCAGCUGCAGGGACAGCAGUUCUACAGCCUGGAGGGGGCGCCGUUCUGUGAGAGCUGCUACACUGAUACCUUGGAAAAGUGCCACACUUGUGGGCAGUCCAUCACGGACCGCAUGCUGAGAGCCACGGGCAAAGCCUACCACCCACACUGCUUCACCUGCGUGGUCUGCGCCUGCCCCCUGGAGGGCACCUCUUUCAUCGUGGACCAGGACAACAGGCCCCACUGUGUCCCUGACUACCACAAGAGGUAUGCCCCGCGGUGCUCUGUCUGCGCAGAACCUAUCAUGCCGGAGCCUGGCCGUGACGAGACCGUGCGAGUAGUUGCUCUAGACAAGAACUUCCACAUGAAGUGUUACAAGUGUGAGGACUGUGGGAAGCCCUUGUCUAUCGAGGCGGACGACAAUGGCUGCUUCCCACUGGACGGCCAUGUGCUUUGUCGGAAUUGCCACAGAGCCAGAGCCCAGACCUGAGUGAGGGCUGCUUCCUACCACAGGUCCUCUCGACCACCCACACUGAGACCCACCCUCGCCUUCACCUGCCCAGACUUCCUCCAUUCCACACCCCUCCUGGUAUCUCAAGUGCCCCGACCCAGGGCCCCGGCAUGGCCCACCCGGCCUGCAGGGAUUGCCUGCCUGCCGUCCUCCAGGUCCCCACCCGAGGGGCACCAGUUUAGUGCUGCUGCUUUCACUGCGCGACAAACGCCCUUGGCUGGCCCCAAGCAGCCUCCGUACUCUGCUUGCUGAGGGUCGGGAGAUGCGCUGACCUCCCUGGGAGCCUCAACACCCACCCUGCCCAUGCUGUCAGAUUGUGGCUACAGCUACAGAUUAAAAAACCUUGUUUUCCA